GAGUACAGAUAAGGCCAGUGUGUGAGAGGAGUCCUAUAAAACAACCAUUGAUUUAUAGAAGAGUUAAGCCUCAUGGAUGUGCAGCAGGGACAGAUGUUUCAGGUUUGGACAUCAGGACGCUGCUGGAGAAAACAGAGAUCACAUCCCAAAGCACUCCUGUGUCAUCAUUAACUGUGUGUUCUCCUUAACUCGAAAGCACAAUGCCAUCAACCACGAUGUUCAACCUCACAAAGACGUGGUUUGAGAGUCUUCAUAAUUUGCACCUCGAAUUUCUUAUCAUACCUGCCGUAGUUAUCACUCUAGCCACCUUGAUAGCCAACCCUGUUCUCCUGACAUGCAUUUUUCUGUCCCGUGCCUUGCGUCAGGAGACCCGUUAUCUGCUGGUGGCCAACACCCUGAUGGCAGACAUGCUUUUCCUCAUCUUCAACCUGAUCACAGUGAUUUGUAACACUAUGAGAGCUCAGAUACCCUGGAGAGUCUGUGAGCUCAUCACAGCUGUCUCCGUCACAGCCUACUGCUGCGCCAUCCUCACUGUCACUCUCAUGGUGGUCGACACCUACACUGCGGUUCGCUGGCCUCUCCAAUACCACGACAUCCUUCCCCCUGCCCGCACCCGCCGCAUCCUGGUGGGGAUGUGGGUGCUGUCAGCCGUGUACCCUUUCGUCGUACUGAUCAUGAUGGAAAUACACAGGAGCAACUCCCAAGAAAAGGUGUGUGUGUGUCUUGCUCUCAUCUCCUUCUCCUUCCUUCAGAUCAAGGACCCACUGUGGAUCCACGUUUUCUACUUUGUGGCAGCAUUCAUCUGUGCAACAAUGAUUUGUUACUGUUACAUUCGACUCUACAUGGUCACAAGAACGCAAGGAAUCUGGCAGAGUCGUUUCUCCAGGGCCCGGGUCACGCUGCUGGCCCAUGCAGUUCUGCUCCUGCUCUACUUUGCCCCCGGCUUUGUUUUUAUUGUGGAACUCUCCCUGUUCAACAUGAAAGAUAAAAGUCAGGAUCUUCGUGUGUGGGUCAACACAGCCAACAUAUGUGUUUUCAUGUUGCUGCCCAGAGCGCUUGCUCCUUAUCUGUAUGGGCUGAGAUACAGGGAGAUCUCUGAUACUCUAAUGAUGCUGGUGCAGCGCAACAAUAGGCCCAGCCAGAACACUGUGUCAUAAAGGCACCGAAGAAUCUUUAUUAUUCGUAUUUAUUGCAUUUUUCCACUGAGACUGCUUCUGAUGAAUACAUAUUUUAAAAUAAUUUCUAAGUAUCAAGAUUUUAGACUCAAGGCACAAAUACAAUGUAAUCCACAACAUUAAGAAGUUUUGUUGAGAUGAGCCACCUAACAUACUUUUCUUUCUUUUUUCUUUUCUUUUUGUUUACCUUUUCUAGAUUCUUUUCGAAAUAAAUUGUCUCUAAAAGUUGAACCUAUAUAUUUUUGUCUCAAUACUUUUUCAAAACACAGGUUGCCAAUAAUGUGAUUUUAGCAGAGAAACAUCAAGAUCCCUUUACUGUAUCUUUGUAUAAUUUGGCCUGCAAAUUUAAAAAAACAUAGGGACUCCAAAAUACCAUGCGUAAUUUGUCUCUAAAUAGAAGCAGAGACUCCUCCUCAGCUCGAUAAAACCCCAACUUCUCAAAGGACAUGUCAGUCUUGGUGGUUCCCAUGUCCAUGUUUUACAUCAAGUGGUAGUUGCUCCAACCCAGGCGCCAAUAAUGUUUUUCUUGUCCUAAUUAAUAUGUAUCAUGACUACAUUGAAAUGUAUUUGAAAUGCAAUGUCUCUGCCAACUCUAAUCUCUGCUCUUGUGUGUGUUUUGUUAGUACGAAGCAGUAAAUUGUCUUGAUUUUUUCUCUCUCUCUUUUUUCUUUUGUCCGAGCUCUCUUUUACUGCCCUGUGGGUGUAGAUGAGAAAAUGCAGACCAGCCUUGUUUUUGUUACUUUAUGUCUCUUAAGCCAUUUUUAAAUAAAUUGUACAACACAAA